AAAUUACCGCAACAUAACCGACAUAAAUGAUAGAAAUCCAAAAAUCUAAGAAAAGACAGAAAAAGCCUAACGAAGAAGAUGAUGCUGGGAAUUUGAGGUUGAGGCGAAUAUUAGAGUAACCAAUUAUGGCACUGAAACUGAAAGCGGCUUCUUCCUUCUCGUUACCGUUUGUUGAUUUAAGUUCUACUGCUUCUGGAUUCUCACUUUCUCAAUCAUGCUCUGUUUCCAAAUCGAUUUUUCAUCCUAAACGCUUUAAACUCAAUCGAAGAAAUAACUCCUACCCAACAAGCUUCGUUAUUAGAGCUGCUAAAAUUGAGUCUAAAGGUGUUACCUUGGGUUUCAGAGCCCCUCAAUUUCAGCUUUCAGAGCCUCUUACUGGGAAGGUUUGGACAUUGGAAGAUUUUGAGUCUCAUCCAGCUCUAUUGGUUAUGUUUAUAUGCAACCACUGUCCAUUUGUUAUACACCUGAAAAAAGAUAUUGUAAAGCUCACUAAAUUCUAUAUGAAGAAAGGACUUGCUGCCGUUGCUAUAUCUUCAAAUUCUGUAGCUACACAUCCCCAGGACGGACCAGAAUUUAUGGCAGAAGAUGCUAAGUUGUUUGGUUAUCCUUUCCCGUACCUAUAUGAUGAGUCACAAGAUGUUGCACGAGAUUUUGGAGCAGUUUGUACACCAGAAUUCUACCUUUUCAAAAAGGAUGGUCGAAGGCCGUUUGAGCUGGUUUAUCAUGGUCAGUUUGAUGAUUCAAGGCCAAGUAAUAAGAACAUACCAGUAACUGGAAGAGAUUUGAGCUUGGCAAUAGAACGUGUUCUGAGUUGCCAGCCGGUACCAUCAGAGCAAAAACCUAGUGUUGGAUGCAGCAUAAAGUGGCACCCAUGAAAAAACUUUUGAACUGUACAUCGUAAAAUUAUCUUGCUCCUGAUAUUAAUCGGUGAGUCCAAGUUUUUCUUUCAGUUCUAUAUUUAUGUAAUAUAUCACGGCCGUAUUGGAAUCUUACACCUGUUUGUUGUUUUCUUUCCAUUCAAUGAUCUGGUUUACCUUAAAUUUCAGAAAGUGAGAUUUGAAAGGAAAUGGUGUAAUUUGUAAUUCUUAUAUUUGUUGAACAUGUCAAUGAUGUCAUUAAGUUGUAUAGGUUAAUGAUUAGUGAGAAUAUGUAUUGAGAAAGCAUUCAGUCAUAAGAGGUUCUUGUUCCAUGUUCUUUGAUUAUUGUAUUUUCUAACAUGUAAUAAUAAAGAAAUCUGUUCUGCAAUCCUUUUGGAAAUGAAAUCUUAUUUGUGAUA